AUGACCACCACCACCACCAGCAGCAGCAGCUCGUCCGAUGAGUUCUUCCAGGCCACAGACCACGCAGAACAGACAUUCCGGAAGAUGGAGACCUACCUGCAGCACAAGCAGCUGUGUGAUGUGCUGCUGAUAGCCGGAGACCACAAGAUCCCGGCCCACAGAUUAGUGCUGAGUGCCGUGUCGGACUACUUCGCUGCUAUGUUCACCAACGACGUCAGAGAGGCCAAACAGGAGGAGAUCAAAAUGGAGGGUGUGGAUCCUGACGCCCUACAGUCAUUGGUCCAGUUUUCAUAUAGUGGUGUCCUUGAGCUCAAAGAGGAGACCAUCGAGAGUUUAUUGGCAGCGGCGUGCCUCCUCCAGCUUUCCCAGGUCAUUCAGGUUUGCUGCAACUUCCUGAUGAAACAGCUCCAUCCCUCAAAUUGCUUGGGUAUUCGCUCAUUUGCUGACGCCCAGGGCUGCACAGACCUGCUCAACGUGGCUCAUAACUACACCAUGGAACACUUCCUGGAGGUCAUUCAGAACCAGGAGUUUCUGCUGCUUCCCACAGCAGAGAUUGUGAAGCUGCUCUCCAGUGAUGAUAUCAACGUCCCGGAUGAGGAGACCAUCUUCCAGGCCCUCAUGCUGUGGGUGCGCCAUGACGUGCAGCACAGGCAGCGGGACCUGGGGGUGCUCCUCUCCAACAUCCGUCUGCCUCUUCUCCCUCCACAACUUCUGGCAGAUCUUGAAAACAACAAAAUGUUCUCAGAUGAUCUUGAAUGUCAAAAACUUCUGAUGGAGGCCAUGAAGUACCACCUUCUACCAGAGCGCCGGCCCAUGUUCCAGAGUCCAAGGACUAAGCCCAGAAAGUCCACUGUGGGAGCGCUGUAUGCUGUUGGGGGAAUGGAUGCGACAAAGGGUUCUACAACUAUAGAGACAUAUGACCUGAGAACCAACACGUGGGUCCAAGUUGGAAUUAUGAACGGCCGUCGGCUUCAGUUCGGUGUGGCUGUCCUGGAUAACAAGCUGUAUGUAGUCGGAGGCCGAGAUGGACUCAAGACUACAAAUAUGGUAGAGUGCUACAAUCCAGUCAGCAAAGUCUGGUCCACAAUGCCUCCUAUGUCCACGCAUCGACAUGGGCUUGUUGAAACAGGUCUGGGGCUAACAGAACAGGGAGAUCUUGUCAAAGCGUUCAGCUGGCGCCCCGUGUGGUUGGACCUAUCACUGUACAUCACCUGGGUAGCCUUUCAUCUUCUCACACCACAAAUAUGUAUUGCUGUGCUGGAGGGGCCCAUGUACGCGGUGGGGGGCCACGAUGGAUGGAGCUACCUGAACACUGUGGAGCGCUGGGACCCUCAGGCCCGACAGUGGAACUAUGUGGCCAGUAUGUCCACCCCCCGCAGCACCAUGGGCGUCACUGCGCUCAAUGGAAAACUUUUUGCAGUGGGAGGCAGGGAUGGCAGCUCUUGUCUCAGAUCCAUGGAGUGCUUUGACCCACACACCAACAAGUGGAGCAUGUGUGCACCCAUGACCAAGAGGCGGGGGGGCGUUGGCGUGGAAACGUACAACAACUUCCUGUAUGCAGUGGGAGGACACGAUGCCCCAGCUUCUAACCACUGCUCCAGGCUGUCUGACUGUGUUGAGAGGUACGAUCCAAAGACAGACACAUGGACCACAGUGUCUCCUCUGAGCGUGCCCCGGGACGCGGUGGGCGUGUGUCUGCUGGGAGACAGGCUGUAUGUGGUGGGCGGAUAUGACGGACAGAGCUAUCUCAACACUGUGGAGUCUUAUGAUGCGCAAAAUAAUGAGUGGACUGAGGAGGUCCCUCUCAACAUUGGCCGAGCAGGCGCCUGCGUUGUGGUGGUGAAAUUGCCUUGA